GCCCGGGAGUCUUCACGGUGGGACCUCAUUGAGAACACUGUUAGAUUAGUAUUUUUCAAUUUAAACUGUUUUCUUUUUUGCUUCUGUAACAGUUAAUAUCUUGAAAUUGUGUCAUACUCAUAUGACCAUUUAUUACCGCUCUAAAUAUAUUUAAACAAUUCUUUGUAGUUCUAACGUAACAAUCUUUAAAAUUUGUAAUAUUAUGUAAUAAAAUUUGCUAUAAUUUAUAAAUUCAUUUGUAUUUCAUAUGACAUGGCAAUUUAUAAACAAUAAGUGUUUGUCAAAAAAAUUACUGUUACUCAGCGUUAGUGGUGUUAUGAUACUGUGACGAUAUAGCGUAGAACUAUUAGAAGCAAGUCGAUGAAAAGUUAGAUCUUGACAAACAUUUUGAAGGAAAAGUGUUUUAAGACGCAAAGAGUUAUAGCAGUGCAUCUUUACUUCAUUCAUUCUGAAGGAAUCAUCUUUAAUGUUGUAUCAGAGAAAAAUCUUAUAACAGUAAAAUGGGUCUCUUUGGAAAAUCUCCAGAAAUAUCUCCAAAAGAUCAAGUCAGAGAAUGGACAUCAAAGAUAAGAAAGGAAGGCUAUCAGCUCGAUAGACAGAUACGAUCUAUCCAAAGGGAGGAAGAAAAAGUAAAAAGAUCACUGAAAGAUGCUGCUAAAAAAGGAGACCGAGAUGUUUGCACAAUUUUAGCAAAAGAAGUUCUUCGGGCUCGAAAGGCUGUUGGACGAAUACAUGUUACUAAGGCCCAGUUGAAUUCAGUGAUGAUGAGCAUGAAUCAUCAGCUGGCAACCCUGAGAGUUUCUGGAUCCCUCCAGAGGAGUACAGAAAUUAUGAAGAGCAUGCAGAACUUGAUUAAAGUUCCUGAAGUAGCUAAAACCAUGCAUGAUUUGUCUAGGGAAAUGAUGAAGGCUGGAAUAAUUGAAGAAAUGCUAGACGACACUAUGGAAAGCAUGGAAGACCAGGACGAGCUAGAGGAAGAUGCUCAGGAAGAGGUUGAUAAGAUCUUAUGGGAAUUGACUGCAGGAGAAUUAGGGAAAGCUCCUGCUGCAGUUUCUGACACACUGCCUGAACACAAAGAAACGGAAGGAGCAUCAGCAUUAGUUGAAGACGAGGAUGUAUCGGAAAUGCAGGAUCGGCUAGAGGCACUGAGAAACUGAAACUGUUCUAAUCGUAUUAAACGGAGAUAGUUUACUAAAAGGUUCGAUUCAGUCAUUGUUUUGAAAUCUUUUUUUUUUUAAGGCUGUGUAAAACUUUUUAUUUUGUUGGUUUUCAGAAAUUUUUCAUUCACUAGUUUUUCAUAUUUUUAAUAAUUAUUCUGUUCACAGAAUUCUAGUAAAGAUUCUUUUAAUUUCAUAAUUAGUGAAAGUUUUCUAUCUGGAAAUAUUUAGUAACUGAAUACAAUGAAAAUGAUCAUAAUUACAGAGCAUUCAAGUUAAUAAAAAAAAUUUUUUUUUUGAAAUGCAGCAAAUAAAAUGUAACCCCAAUUUCUGUGUUUAAAAGAGACGAAACUGUAUAAAUACUUUUGGAACUAUUAUUACACCAUUUUUAUUUAAUGUAUCUGAUUUUGGCUACAACAUUACAAAGAAGAGUUGUAAGAAACAGUUGGAAUGUUAAAUACAGUUUGGUUAUUGCUUGUAGAAGUAUUUGGUAUAGAUUUUGUUUUACAAGCUGGAAAUUUGAAGAUUAAGGUGCCUCAUCAGAUGAACUUGAUAUUGAAUUGCAUUUGAUUCUGUAUUGUAAAUAAAAAAUAUAAACUUCUAAAUAAACAUGUCAUUUUCA